CAGAGAACGACCGAUCAACUCUCAAGAAGUCACAAGCAAACAGCGACACCGAAAGAGAUCGGGACCAAGGACCAGCGACAAAAAAAUCUGUACCCAAGGGCAAGCCAACGCAUCAUGAGCCUCACCAACAACAACGCAGCGACGUCAUCGGGGCGCUCGAGGCCCACCACCAUCAACGAUGUCUUCGGUUCGAUCGAACGGGAGAUGCUCGCCCCCUGGGGGCUCGCCUCCCGGUUCCCCACGACGAGGGACAUGUUUCCUACCUUCCCCACCAGCCUCUUUGGAGAUGGCAGCAGGUCCCUCGGCAUGAGCCUGGAUUUCCACGAGACAAAAGAUGGGUUCGAGCUGAUUGCCGACCUUCCCGGGAUGAAGAAAGAGGACGUCUCCAUCGAUGUUGACCAGGAAUCCGGCGUACUGACGGUGUCGGGCGAGCGUAAGAGCGAGAAGGAGGAGAAGGGCGACGGCAAGGACGGCGACAGGAAGUAUCACUUUGUCGAGCGUUCCUACGGCAAGACUUCCCGGUCUGUCCGCCUCCCGGAGGCAGCGGACACCGCCACCGCCAACGCCGACCUCACCGACGGCGUCCUGACCAUUACCUUCCCUAAGAAGGAGGCCCCCGUCUCCAGCCGCUUCCGGAUCCCGUUGGGCGGCGGCGGCGGCGUCGGGGGCGGGUCUGGCGACGGCAAGGUUUCCAUCAAAGGGGGCGCUGCUGCUACCGACGGCGACACUGGGUCCUAAGGGUACUACGCUGAGUGACCUGGGGGCAACCCGGU